CAUAGAAGUAUAGAACCAAAAUAAUCACAAGAGCUUAAGUUGUGCACGGAAUCCGUGCCCUUUUCUCUUUCUUUCUCUCUAUUCUAUUCUUCUCAGUUCUCCCUCUCUUAGGUUCUGGGAAUCCAAAUUCGAAACCCUAGAAGUUCAGCUUCCACCUUCCAGAACCUGACAAUUCUCCUAACGGAACCCUAGAUUUUCUCAGCACCCUGAUCCAAUUACUCACCCAAUCGAGUUCACAUACUCUAAUCCACGCCCCGAAUUUCCCAUUCCCAGUUCGUCUCCAAACCCUCGAUCGGCGUGAAUUUCCGAACAAUUCGAUCAAUUUAGCUACGGUGGCUCUCGCGCAUGGGUAAGAUUCUCCGAGAAACCGGGAAACCGUCCUCCAGUACUGCUUCGCCGGCAUCGUCUUCAGCUCCGGCAACGACGUCGUCUACGUCCGUGACCGAAACAGUUAGGGGGUCUCAUCAUUUCAAGAUCACGGGGUAUUCUCUUUCGAAGGGGAUUGGGAUUGGGAAGUACGUGGCCUCGGAUACGUUCUCGGUUGGUGGGUACGAUUGGGCGAUCUACUUUUACCCUGAUGGAAAGAGCGUUGAGGACAAUGCCACCUACGUUUCUCUCUUCAUCGCUCUCGCCAGCGACGGCACCGACGUUAGGGCGCUCUUUGAGCUGACCCUUUUGGAUCAGAGCGGGAAGGAGAGGCACAAGGUCCAUAGCCAUUUCGAGAGGACGCUCGAAAGCGGGCCGUACACGUUGAAGUACCGGGGUAGCAUGUGGGGUUACAAACGAUUCUUUAAGAGAACGGCUCUAGAAACAUCUGACUACCUUAAAGAUGAUUGCCUAUCUGUGAAUUGUAGUGUUGGUGUGGUGAGAUCACACACAGAAGGCCCUAGAAUCUAUUCUAUAGGAAUUCCUCCAUCUAACAUUGGUGAGCAAUUUGGUCAACUACUGGAAAGCGGAAGAGGAACUGAUGUGAGUUUUGAAGUGAAUGGAGAAAUUUUUGCGGCCCAUAAAUUGGUACUAGCUGCACGAUCACCCGUUUUCAGAGCCCAACUUUUUGGUCCUAUGAAAGAUCAGAAUACUGAUUGUAUAAAAGUUGAAGAUAUGGAGGCUCCAGUCUUUAAGGCAUCACUUCAUUAUAUGUACUGGGACACACUACCUGAUUUGCAUGAGCUAACUGGACUGAACACAAAAUGGGCAACUACCUUGAUGGCUCAACAUCUGCUAGCGGCAGCUGAUCGGUAUGCCUUAGAGAGGCUUAGGCUGAUGUGUGAAGCAAGUCUCUGUGAAGAUGUUGCAAUAAACACUGUGGCUACGACUUUAGCUUUAGCAAAAAGAGUCACCAAAAAAAAAAAAACACCUCAUAAAAGGGUUUGCAAUAUUUUCCCCCGGUUGGGACUUUCAGCCGUGAUGCAAACUGAUGGGUUUGACUACUUGAAGGAAAGUUGCCCUUCUGUACUGACAGAGCUACUGGAGUAUGUGGCUAGAUUCACUGAGCAUUCGGACUUGAUGUUCAAGCACAGGAAUGAUGUACUCCUUGAUGGCAGCGACAUAAAUGGGAGGCGGUUGUUCUUCUCGUACUUCAAGGAUUUGGUGGGAAGAGAAGUAACGGUGGAGCUCAAGAACGAUUUGGCCAUAAGGGGCACUCUUCACUCCGUUGACCAGUACCUCAACAUCAAGCUCGAGAACACUCGCGUCGUUGACCAAGACAAGUACCCCCAUAUGCUUUCUGUGAGGAACUGCUUCAUCAGAGGUUCAGUGGUCAGAUACGUGCAAUUACCUCCAGAAGGCGUGGACGUUGAACUAUUGCACGAUGCCACUAGGAGAGAAGCUCGGGGUGGUUAAUCGGUUAUUCUUAUAGUAUAUCUUUCUGUUGUAGUCUGUUUGGAUCGAAAUGUCAUGGAUAUUUUGGUUUCGGAUAAAGAAAGAAACAUUUAACAGAUGUUGAGACUUUUUAUCUGCAUUCCUUUAUCCGUCUAUUCUCUUGAAAGCAUUGUCCAAUUUUUACUAUGACAAAGUGAUAACUGAGUUUCUCUUUUCCUUGCCCUUGUUUCCUUGUUUCAAAGUAUGAUGGAUGGUGACUGAACUUCAGUGAUAGUUACUGUAGACAGGUUGUUAAGGGAUUAUCUUGUGUAAAUGUUAUGAUGUGAGUAUCACCAUGAAAUUGCAAAAUUAUGAUUUUUGUAUUA